GGUAUUUUGAAGCAGAAAGACUGGAAACUCCGCUUCGCUAUGACUGGUGAAUAUGGUUAUUGAUGACUACUUACAUCUCUACAUUUCAUUGUCAUGGUGUUGUGGACAAAGCUGGAGAGGCACUUUAGUGGCGCCUACCGGUAGUCGUAGUCGGCCCAGUAUCAGAUUUUGCCCCUGAGCCUCCGGGUUGGUGAAGGUGGGGGAGUGGGAUGCGAGAUACAUGGGUUACAUGGGUUGACCAGAACGCGUUUAAAUGACGAAUUGGGCAAUAUAUCCUGUCUUUCCCUCUGCAUCGGUCUUUUUCUACUUCAUCCCAUCUUACAUUAUACCAGAUUUGCAUUUGUCGUCCCUCGGCCAAAGACGGGCUUGUACGAGUAACCUUAACCCCUUACGUCAACACCAGCACACUGGCGUGCCGAAGACUGGCCUACCCCGCCAUUCACUGGGGAGCUAAAGUUACUCCUCCAGCUACCAAAGUGGCUGCCCACCAGCGGUUAUCGGUCAUUACAAGACAGCUAGAUCUUCGGCCUUCAACUUCAACCAGCACCAUCACUCUCUCCAGUACAACCUCCAAUACACCCUUCAGUUCUACAGCAACCCCAAACCAAGGGAAGUCUAAGAUGUCGAGCCAACCUAGCCACAGCACUCUCCUGAUUCCAGGUCCCAUCGAAUUCGAUGAUGCCGUCCUUCAAUCGAUGAGCCAUUACAGGUAGUCCAUUUUGAUACCCCUCUAUUCUUGUCGGCAUGUGCUGAUUGGGAAAUUCAACAGUGAGAGUCAUGUUGGCCCAGCCUUUGUUUCGACUUUCUCCGAAGCUCUUUCUAUGCUAAGAAAGCUAUUCCAAACUACCGACCCCGCCUCACAGCCGCUCGUUGUAUCUGGUUCUGGGACGUUGGGGUGGGAUUUGGUAGCAGCCAAUUUGGCAGAGCCUGGAGACGAAGUUUUGGUUCUUCAUACCGGGUAUUUUGCAGAUUCGUUCGCAGAUUGCUUCGAGACUUAUGGCUCCAAAGUCACUCAGCUGAAGGCCCCUAUCGGUUCAAGACCACAACUCCCCGAGAUUGAGAAGGCAUUGAAGGAGAAGAAAUAUAAACUGUUGACAGUUACCCACGUAGAUACAUCAACUGGCGUCUUAAGCGAGCUCAAGGCUCUCUCAGAAUUGGUUCACAGGAUUUCUCCAGAGACCCUCAUAAUCGUAGAUGGUGUAUGCAGUGUUGGAUCUGAGGAGAUUGAUUUUGAUGGCUGGAAGUUGGAUGGCGUUCUCACUGCGUCUCAGAAGGCAAUCGGUUGUCCCGCCGGCCUUUCCAUCUCAAUGUACAGUGGCCGUGCCAUCGAAACUUUCAAGGCUAGAAAGACACCACCGGGCUCGUAUUUUGCUUCGUUCAAAAACUGGCUUCCAAGUAAGUUGAUGUUCUUGUAUCUACAGGAAAUCAGUGGAGAUGUAUUAACCAUUGAGAUAGUCAUGCAAAACUACGAAGCAAAGAAGCCUUCAUACUUUGCAACUCCAUCUCCACAGCUUAUCCACGCACUGCAUACUGCUCUGACCCAGAUUCUGUCAAAACCACUUUCGGAAAGAUUCGCAGCGCACCGAGAAAUCUCUCAAAAGAUUAAGAAGGCUGUCACCGAUUUGGACCUGAAGCAGUUGGCAUCAAAUCCGGCUGAUCAGGCUAACGGAAUGACUGCAAUUUAUCUCCCCGAAGGUGUCAAGGCUCCUGAGCUUUUGCCAAAUUUGUUCAAAAAGGGUGUCAUAUUUGCUGGAGGGCUUCACAAGGAGAUCGCACCAAAAUACAUUCGUGUUGGCCACAUGGGUGUUAGCGUUGUAAGUUUCAUGUCGUUUUUUCCUUUUAAAUUGCGAUUCUUUGGUUAACCUCGUGUACAGAUGGAUCCAAAACGUGGUGACAUUGAUCGGGCAAUCAAAUCCUUGGAGGCAGGAUUGUCAGAGGCUGGUUACACCAAAGCAUAACGCGUGGUU